GCCGUUUACACCUCCUAUCAAAUUUGCCCGGGUGAAUCCAACACUUGCCCGUGGAGCGUAUCCACGGCCCAUCAAUUACAGAUACCUGGAAACUCUCAAGCUGAGUACUAUGAUUGCGCUGACGCCAAACGAAAUCACGAUGGAAAACGAUCCAUCCUUAUAUUCUUUCUGCUCCAAAAAUAAGAUACUUCUAGUCCACUUCGAAACCGACCAUUCGGCCAAAGAUAAGGGGAAAAAGAGAGGAAUACCAAUUGAGUCCGACCAAGUGCUGAAAAUACUCGAAUUAAUUUUAACCAAGGAACGCUCGCCAAUAUACAUGUUUUGCAACAAUGGAGGACAGAUCACGUCGCUCGUGGUGGCAUGUUUACGCAAAAUACAGCUAUGGAACCUGGUCUCUAUCUAUGAUGAGUUCGUCAGAUACAGUACAACUAUUAACCAGAACGACAGGGCAUUUAUCGAGAGCUUCAAAGCUCGUAUAAAACUGCCCUCCGCCGACAAACGUGUGGACUGGCUCUGGAAUGGCAUGAGUCCUCACAUCAUUCAGAACCAUCCAAGCAUGAAGUACGUCUUGUUUGGCGAAGAUCUCAAAGAGGAUGCCGUGCAACUCUAGUCAAAAAGCAUUCCUGCCGCCAUCUCCACAUUAUUAUUAGUCUGUUGCAAUGCGAGCUCCGCUUGUUUCCGGUCAAAUCCCAUUGCCACAAGCUGGUCAACCUUUGCUGGAUCAGCUGUCGAUUUCGGAGUAGCCUUUUUUGGUCUCUUGGUGGCUUUUUGGGCGUCUGCCAGGUUGAAGAUGUUACCUCCGAACUGUGACGAAGGAGCAGCUUGCUCUACCAUGCUAGGACACUCGUGCUCAGGCAAAAACGAGGUGGACACAUCGUCGAUAACCAACUGAUUGCGUUUUAGGUCGAUAUUCGCCUGAUAUCUUCUUAGCAUGUCCAAUCCCAAAAGCAUGUCGACAUGUGUGUCAAUGACUGUGAAUGUGCACGGGAAGUAUCCGUUUUCAAUUUUCAAUGGAGCAGAAUGAAUUCUCCCCAAUAUUUUGGUGGAGCCGACUCCUCGGGCCUCUCCAAUAAAACGUUUGUCGAUCAGUCUCGUCAGGCCUGUCUUUUCCGCCAGCGAAGGAGAAAUGAUCGUAGUCUGUGCACCAGAGUCGACAAACGCUUUGACUGGGGUCCCGUUCACCUCGCAGUUGAUAUACAGCAUGUGCACGCUGGUGAACGACUCUGGAGAAAUCUCCAUGGCUGUUCGCAGAUUCUCCUCGAUGGCUUCCUGGUUGAUCAGCUCCAUGAUUUUUUUCUGAUUUUCCGGAUCAUCUGGAUUACUGUACAGUUGAGCCAGCUCUUUUUGGUGAUCUACCUGUAAUUGUCGCUGGUUUUCGACCAUCUUUAAUGCCAGCUCUCUGAAUCUCGCAGGGUUGUGCAAGGCGGCCCUGGUCUCUGGAUCUAAUUGACCUUGGAUCUGCGGGUUCGCGAGGUACUGUUGUCGAACUGUCUCAAGCUGGGCGUCCAGGAAUCCAAGUUGAGGCUGUUGCACUGGGCCUGACUUUUUCAGGAUUAGCAAAUCGUCAUCUUUGAGUCCAAGGUCUUUGAGAGUCCCUUUUUUCGAGAGAUCUAACUGUUUGCCGUCAAAGAGAAGCACCUGUUGGUUUUCAUCGAUAUUUGACUCUGACUUCAAAUAAGCCUUGAAAUCCGCAAAUUCAAGAUCUUUGGGCAGAUCAGCCGUGAUAAUUUGGUCCGUUUCCUCAACAGCGAUGGUCAAAUUCAUAUCUCUUGUUCUUCGUGGCGAUCUGGGGAAAUUUUAUUUAUCAGCUAUAUUUUAAUUUUUUUUGCCACUGGUUGGGUAUUUAUAGCGAUGAAGCGGGCUGCAGCAGUGGCCUCCGAAGGUGGCAAAACCUCGGUGAAAAAGGCAAAACUCAUCCAAUUGGAGGAGGCGUUUCCCAAACUUGAUUACUUUGACCGAUUUCGAGACAGUAAGGUGGACCCUGAGAAAUUGGCCAAGUUCGAGGAGACAAACACCAUAGAGGCCGUCGACGGACUCAAAUAUAUAUUGUCGAAAGACCCAACUUUGGAGCGAUAUCUUACAAAGCCAUUCCACUCUUAUUUGAAAGAUGCGAGCGGAACUAAACCCCUCAAAUACUAUUUCGAUAGCCUAGUCAGCGGAAUGAUCUCGCAGCAGAUCAGUGGGAAGGCCGCCAAAGCGAUCAAAAAGAAGCUGAUUGACGUACUGUCAAGGGACAGUGAACUUCCAGACCCGGAGAUAUUCGACUCAAAGUCGAUAGAAGAGCUCCGAAGCUGUGGUCUAUCAAAUAAAAAAGCAGAGUUUGUGAAAAGACUAGCCAAGGCCUUUAUCGAGUCAGAGGAGGUGCCCCCAGAGGGGGUCAAAUUUUCCCAAUUAUACUUCCAAACCAAGGACGAUAUAACCAUCAAUCUUGAUUUACAAAAAUUCAAAGGCAUAGGGCCGUGGUCCGCGUCCAUGUUUCUGAUGUUUGCACUCCAACGCUACAAUAUUUUCGAGGUUGGAGACCUCGGAAUACGGCGAGGGGCCACGGUGUAUCUCUCUGAACGGCCCGAGCUGCUGGCAGAGAUAAACGCAAAGCUCAAGGAGCUAGACCUCCCCAAACUGCCAAAGUCGUCGCAGAAUCCAAAGUAUGUAUCUGACCACGUGAUAAACUGUCUGGCACACCAGUUUGUGCCCUACAAGAGUAUCUGGAUGCUUUUGCUUUGGCGCAUAAGUGACACGUCCAUCGAUGCAUUAGAGUAG